AUGUUGACAACUUUUAACCGAUGGGUGCUCGGUGAGAUUGACAACAGCAAAUCGAGGAAGUUGGAAGGUUGUGAUGGCACCCCUGUUUGGUUCCUGAAGUUGAAGGUGGCAAAAGAAUGGUUGACAGAAACUAUAAUGGCAUCCUCUUGUGCAAUGGUGACUUGCACACCAUAUCAGCUUCCUUUAUGUUCUACGGUUGGCUCAUCUAAGUGGAGUAAGAAUUUCUUGAGAGCUUACAGUCCAAGGAGAGGAAUAAGUGGUUUGUUUUUUGGCCAAAAGCAGUCAAAUAUGAAAACUUUUUCCAUGGAGUCAAACCAAGUAUCCUCGUUGAAACCUUACCAGGUAACUUGGGAAGAUCCUAAUGAUGGCAGUGAUAGUGAAGAUGAAGAAGAAGAGAAAGAAAAUAACUUGGAUUUUGAAAGUGACUGGGAAGAAGAGAAGAACGAUGUUAUGGAUACUAGUGUUAGUGUAAAAAAUUCACAAAGGAACAUGUAUGAAGAAGAUCUUGUUAAAAAACUUUUAGGACUAGAAGAAAGAGCAAUUUUGUAUCAGUCUUCAACUCCUAACUUGGAAAAAAUAUCAACGGAGAAAUGGCUCCCGUUGCACACCCUUGCAUUAUCUGGACAAAUUCCGUUCUUGGACGAACUAUUGGAACAAGGUGUAGACAUUGAUUUUGUUGAUAAGGAUGGUCUAACUGCUCUUCACACAACAGUUAUAGGAAACAAAGUGGUUGUUAUUAGCCAUCUGUUGAGAAAAGGUGCAAGUCCUCACAUCAAAGAUAAAGAUGGUGCUACACCACUUCAUUAUGGAACUCAAGUUGGUUCCAUGCAAACAGUGAAGUUACUCAUAAAAUACAACGUUGAUCUCAAUGAAGUUGAUAAUGAGGAAUGGACACCAUUGCACAUUGCUGUACAAAUUAGAAAUAGAGAUAUAGUGAAAGUUUUAUUAUUGAAUGGUGUGGAUACCAAAAGAAGUAACAAGGAUGGAAAAACACCUCUGGAUUUGAGCUUACGUUGUGGCAAAGAUUUCAAGUCUUAUGAUCUUGCCUCUUUACUGAAGAUUAUACCAGCAAACAGAGAGAUUUAAUGUGCAGGGUCUUGCUGAAACUUACAACCUUCAUCGUAAAUAUAUGAUAUAUAUAUAUAUAAGUAAUGGUAUUGGUUGGUGCUUCAAUCUUCUCAUAAAGUUUCCACCUGGGAAUUGUCUCACGGUCAAUUGAUCUUCAUUCUCAACCAGAAUAUGGAGGAUCUGUUAUUGAAUUAUAGAUUUUGGGUUGCAUUUGAGUACAUCAUUGUCUUGAAUUUUAUGCACAUAUGGAGAGAUCUGAAGCACAUUGAGAAAGAUUCAGGGCAAGUGGAAAAUCAAAAACCAGAAUAUGGCUGACUUGUGUAAACAGGCAAAGGAACUCAUGGAAAAGUUUUUGUCGUUUCAGAUCAAUCAUGUUCUCAGGGAAUAUAAUUCUGCAGCUGAUGUUCAA